AGGUCUCAUUAUUUUCGCAGAUGGAUAUGGCCACGAAACAGUUUUUGUUGAUUUGCUUUGCUGGAUGUUUUUCACCUUUAUGUGGUUAUCCAAGUGGAGGAAUUAGCGAUGCGUGUGAUACGAUGCUUCCAGUGCAUGGGAACAGCAGAACUCAAACAUCCACUGCCCCCUACAGCAUCACCGUUUCAGCUGACAAGUUUAAUCCGGGAGACACCAUAAAAGUUACCAUCAGAACUGACUCUUCCAGUUUCAAGGGUUUCCUGCUAGAAGCUCGGUCAAUAGGAGGGGACAGAAUUCUUGGUACAUUUACUGUCACCGAUCCAAACACCCAAGGACUGUCGUGUAGCGGAGGCCCAAAUUCAGCCAUAAGUCACACCAGUGCCACUGCAAAAACCCAGGUCACUGCCAACUGGAAAGCACCUAUAGGAGCAGGACCAGUCCGAUUUACGGCUACUGUGCUACAGAGCUACAGCAUCUUCUGGAGUCAAGUACAGAGCCCUACGGUGAUGUCUGCCCAGAUCACAAACAUCACAUGUGCUUCUCAGAAGUUCUGUUUCAGUGACCCACCAGACUGUAACCCUGACAAUAACAGUUGUCUAUUCAUGUCGUCGGUUCCCUCUACUGAUGGGUUUGUGUUUGAGAUGAGCGGACCUACUUCCGGAUACUUGGCCAUCGGAUUCUCAGAUGAUAAGUAUAUGGGAAAUGAUGAUAUUUACAUCUGUACCAGGAACUCAUCAGGUAUUAUCACAGUUCAGCAAGCGUUCUCCACAGGACGUGUGAGUCCCACACUCAGGAACACGAGCUCAGUGGAGUCAGCUGAGGCCUCUUAUGUGGAUGGGGUGUUGAAAUGUUUGUUCAUCACACAGAGCAGCAUCUCCACUCAGGCGAGAGCUAGCACCGCCUCCAGCUACUAUAUAUUCCUAGCCAAUGGCCCGUCCCAGGCAAAUGGUCAGAUUCUUGAGCACACACAGAUACCCCUAAUAACUGAAAACAAGGUUGAUCUGUCAAGUUUUGCAUCAUCCAGUGCCCAGACUGGGACCAGUCCUGUCAUACUUGUUCAUGGUGCCCUGAUGUUGAUUGCCUGGAUGACCACAGGAUCCAUUGGCAUGAUUAUGGCUCGUUAUCUGAAGAAUGUAGGAAAACAACCUGUCCUGGGGAAGGCCGCAUGGUUCUUGGCUCAUUUCUUCCUGAUGGUUCUUACGGUGGCUCUGACGCUAAUUGCCUUUAUCAUAAUCUUCGUUGAAGUGGACGGCUGGAGCAGUGACACUGGUGCACACCCCGUGCUCGGCUGUAUCUUGAUGAUUCUCUCAUUCUUACAGCCAUUUGCUGCUCUGUUCCGUCCAGAUCCAAAGAGUGAGAGGCGUUUUAUCUUCAACUGGGCACAUAGUUUAAAUGCUUUUGUCAUCAAAAUUCUAGCAGUUGCUACAAUCUUCCUGGGACUGCAGCUCAUUGACACAACCCCCAACCAGUGGAUGGCGAAAGUGAUGGGCGGAUUUGUUGCCUGGGAAGUUUUAUUUUACAUUAUUCUUGAGGCCAACAUGCGCCUGAAAUCAAAAGGGACAUACGAGGAUCUGGAUAAUAAGAUGCACAGUGAAUCCCUUGCGCUCUUUGUCUUUAUCUUCGGGAAUCUGGCUUUUCUCAUCUCCCUCCUGGUGGGGAUCAGGGGUUCCUAAGAACAUUUCAGGGACUUUUCUUCCACAAACUGAGAUCCUUGAGGAGUGACUGCAGAUGUCGGACAUUUCUGUACCUUGUCUGCUAUGACCCUGCAAAAGUGUGUGACAAAUAGAUUGUUUAUAAUGACAACAUCACUAAUAAAAUAACAGCUGGUGCAGUUGCUGGGAAUAAAGAAGCUGAACAGGCUGUAAUCAGUAGCUUAUGUUUUAUAUAACAAGAAUAACUAUUUGCCAAUAAAACAUUAUCGUAUUUACCUAAGGGAUUAAA